AUGGCUGGGAAUAAAGGAAGAGGUCGUGCUGCCUAUACCUUUAAUAUUGAGGCUGUUGGAUUUAGCAGAGGUGAAAAGUUACCUGAUGUAGUGUUGAAACCACCUCCACUAUUUCCUGAUACAGAUUAUAAACCAGUGCCACUGAAAACAGGAGAAGGGGAAGAUUAUAUGCUGGCCUUGAAACAGGAAUUGAGAGAAACAAUGAAAAGAAUGCCUUAUUUUAUUGAAACACCUGAAGAAAAACAAGAUAUUGAAAGGUAUAGUAAAAGAUAUAUGAAGGUAUACAAAGAAGAGUGGAAACCAGAUUGGAGAAGACUCCCAAGAGAGAUGAUGCCCAGGAAAAAAUGCAAAAAAGCAGACCCAAAAUCCAAAAAGGCAAAAGAUACAGACAAAGGUACUUCACUCGCUAAUACUGCAGAUGUUUUGAAAAAAAUUGAGGAAUUGGAAAAGAGAGGUGAUGGUGAAAAAUCAGAUGAGGAAAAUGAAGAAAAAGAAGGAAGCAAAGAGAAAAGUAAAGAAGGCGAUGAUGAUGAUGACGACAAUGAGGAUGCUGCAGAGGAGGAGUAUGAUGAAGAAGAGCAAGAGGAGGAAAAUGACUACAUUAAUUCAUAUUUUGAAGAUGGAGAUGAUUUUGGUGCAGAAAGUGACGACAACAUGGAUGAAGCAACCUAUUAG